AUGGAUGCAGGUGAUUUGAUAGAAUCUAUCAGAGUGAUCAUGUUCAUAGCUGGGAUCCUGGGAAACAACUGGCUGGCUAUAACGUCUCUUCCAAAGAAGAAAUCUGAAAUCCGUACAAAUGAGAUCCUGUUGAUCAACCUUGCCGUCUCCAACCUCAUCACCAACUACCUGGUGGAUGCACCUGACACCAUAGCUGACUUUGUUGGCCAAUGGUUCAUGGGGAUAACGUUCUGUGGUAUUUUUCGCUUUUGUGCAGACCUCUCAGAAACCAGCAGCCUCUUCACAACCUUCUUCAUCUGCGCCUACUGGCAUCAGAAACUGGUCGGUUCUCUUAAGCGUGGAAAUGCACCAGUGCAGCUGGACAACCUGCGCCUGGUUGGGUGUCUGCUGGCUGGGAGCUGGACACUCUCCAGCGUCUUAAGCUUUCCUCAUUUCUUCUUCGUCUCAUUGGAGGGAACUAAUGAGAGCCAUGAAGACUGCAUCGAUUUCUUCCCCGAUGCACUUUCCAGGCAAAUAUAUGAGAUCUGUUUUUUAACUCUGGCUAAUGUUUUGCCUGUUGCAGGGAUCAUGGUUGCAUGUGUCCAGAUUAUUGCAACUUUGCUCCAAAGCCAGAAGCGUAUUCAGAGCCAUUCUUCCAAUCCAGCCAAGAUGACAGUUAAAGAGAAUCCAGAAAGAUCAGUAAGCAAUCUUUCUGUUGAAGAUCCAUUCAAAGAACAUAGAAAAUCUUCUUUACUUGUUCAAUCAGGUACAGCUGAGCUUGUUUCUUCUGGUCUGGAUGGAGGGUUCCUGGGUAAGACUCCACACAGUUCUCCUUUAGCCAACAAAAGAGCAGAAGUUCAGCCAAACCUCUCAAGGCCCAGCCAGGUACCCUCUAAGAGGAGUCCCAACUCACACUCUCAUGCCAGGGCAGCAAUGAGCGUAGUGGCUGUGGCCACUGUGGUCCUAAUCUGUUGGGCGACUCAUCUACUUCUACGCAUCACCAACUACAUCCAGACUUCACCACUGAUGGUGGAGCUGGCCAGUCACAUCGCAGCUUCCUACACUUGCAUCAUCCCUCAUAUAUUUCUACAUGGAGCGAAAAGGCAUCACUGCCCAUGUAAAUUAUAG